GACAUCAUAUGUUUCACUCAUUUCUAUGGGCUCAUGAUACCCAUUAUCAGGUUUCUCCUGCUUUGAGUGGUAUUUUUUGUAUAUCGCAUAGAUGAGAUAGACCAGCCAGAACAAGAAGAUGAGCAGGGAAAUGACGAAGCUAACCGCAAACAGGGCAUCUCUGACUGCAUUACUUCCACUGGGGCUUGCACACAGAGAAGUGCCGUUUCUAUAAUCUCCACCAUCAACUGUGAAAUC